CGGGGUGUGUGCGGGGAGAGCCCUUCCCCAGCGCCCCUCGGGGCCCAGCCGCGGGGACUUUCUCCGGGGGCUGGAAGCAGCCCCGGGCUCUGCCGACACCAGCCCCUGAGCCGGAGCCUGCAGAAGCCAGUGACUUUCAAGGAGGUGCCUGUGUAUUUUCCUGGGGCAGUGGGCUCUGCGGGACCCCAGUCAGAAAGCUCUGUACAGGGACGUCAUGCAGAAGAAUUCUGAGACUGUGACCUUGCUGGAGGUUCCCAUUCCUGCCAGUACAGGGAGUGGCUCCUGUCUGGAUUCUCUCUCUGUCCCAGCAGGGGAUAGGACACCGAGAAAGAAUGAGGAAGAGAAUCUGCAGCAGGAAGGUGUCAAGCGAGUGGAAUUGCCCGGGAUGUUAUUGCGACAUCCUGAAGGGAAUGUUUCCCAGAGCCUGGAGCAGGGGACUGACAGGUGGAAUCUGCGCAGGUCCCUUAGGCAGAAAGGAAAACAGCCUGUGGAGAGAGAGCUCAAAGAAACCAUCCACCAAGAAAUUCCCACUGGAGAGACACCGAACACGUGUAGUGAGUGUGGGAAGAACUUCCGGUGGAGAUCAGCCCUUAUUGACCACCACAGAAUCCACACGGGAGAGAGGCCCUAUCACUGUGAUGAAUGUGGGAGAAGCUUCAGCAGGAGUUCAAACCUUGCUACCCAUCAGAGACUGCACACGGGAGAGAGACCCUACAAAUGCCCUGACUGCGGGAAAGGCUUUAAUCACAGCUCCAAUCUUUCUGCACAUCAGAGAACCCACACAGGAGACCUUCCUUACAAGUGUCCCGAGUGUGGGAAAAGCUACAGCGUGAGCUCCUACCUCCUGAGACAUCAGAAAAUCCACACAGGAGAGAGACCCUAUAAGUGUGAUGAGUGUGAAAAGAGUUUCGGCCAGAGCUCAACCCUUGUUAUUCACAAGAGAGUGCACACGGCAGAGAAGCCCUAUAAAUGCCUUGAGUGCGGGAAAUGUUUCAGGAACAGCUCUGACCUUAUUAGACACCAGAGAACCCACACAGGAGAAAGACCUUAUGAAUGCAGCAAGUGUGGGAAAAGUUUCAAUGAGAGCUCGCACCUCACCAGGCAUCAGAAAACCCACACCCGGGAGAGAUCCUAUAAAUGCCUCGAGUGCAAUAAAUGUUUCAAGAACAGCUCCAGGCUCAUUAGACACCAGAGAACCCACACAGGGGAGAAAUCCUAUAAAUGCCCUGACUGCGAGAAAAGCUUCAAUCGGAGUUCAAAUCUCAUUGUCCAUCAGAGAUCCCACAUGCAGCAAAAGCCCUACAAGUGCCUGGACUGUGCUAAAACCUUCAGCUGCAGCUCACAGCUGAUCAGGCACCAGAGGAUCCAUACAGGAGAAAAACCCUAUAAAUGCCCCGACUGCGGGAAAAGCUUCACCGUGAGCUCACAACUGACUUCCCACCAGAGACUCCACACCGGAGAGAAGCCCUAUGGAUGCCCCGAGUGCGGGAAAAACUUCCGUCACAGCUCAGGACUCGUGUCACAUCAGCGGAAACACAGGAAGGAGGGCUGCCCUGUGACUGUUCCCAUUGUGAUGACAGCCCACACUUUAUUGCAUAUUACAGUGAUGCCCGUGCAAAGCAGCAGUUGUCAUGUAGGGGAGCCGGGGCUGAGCAGCCACUGCUCCCUAGCCGGGAGAGAGACAACCCCCCCCGCCCGUGCCCAGCCGGGGGGACUUUCUCCGGAGGCUCGAACCAGCCCCGGGCUCUGCCGACACCAGCCCCUGAGCCGGAGCCUGCAGGCUGAAGAACCACAUCCGGUCCAUUCCAGACUGCACUACCCUCCUGGGGCAUGGGGCAGGGACAUGGCUGGAGCAAGGCUGGCUCAGGAGCCGGUGACCUUCGAGGAGGUGGCUGUGUAUUUCACCAAGGAGCAGUGGGCUCUGCUGGUCCCAGGUCAGAGAGCCCUCUACAGGGACGUCAUGCAGGAGAAUUAUGAGACUGUGGCUUCACUAGGGUUUCCCGUUCCCAAACCCCGUGUGAUCUCCCAGCUGGAAGGAGGGGAGGAGCCGUGGGUACCAGAUCCCCAGGGCUCUGAGGACAGGGAGGUCCCAAGACACAGCCACAGAGCUGCCGAGGGGAUGGCGAGGAAGGAGGAGGAGAGGCCGCAACAGGACACCCCUGCGCAGCUGCAGGUGCAGAGCCCUGGUCAGGGAGCAGCCUGUGUGACUGAGGGCAGUUCAGGAAGGCAGCAGAGAAACUCGCCCUCAGAGCCGGAGUGUGAGCCAGGCUCUGGGCAGCACCCCACCAGGGGCCCAUCCCCUCCCUGUGGCGGAGCUGUGGAGAGUCAGGGCCAGGCCAGGGAGCGGCCCAAUGUGUGCAGCGAGUGCGGGAAAGGCUUCCGGCGUGGCUCAGACCUCAGCAAGCACCGCCGGUCCCACGGCGAGCGUCCCCACCAGUGCCCCGAGUGCGGGAAAGGCUUCCCCGUCCGCUCAGCCCUGGCCACCCACCGGCGCAUCCACACAGGGGAGCGCCCCUAUGCCUGCGACGCAUGCGGGAAGCGCUUUGGCCAGAGCUCCCACCUGAUGCAGCACCUGCGCUCCCACACAGGGGAGAAGCCCCACCGGUGCCCCGAGUGUGGGAAGAGCUUCCGGGAGGGCUCCACGCUGGCCCGGCACCGCCGCACCCAUCGCCAGGAGAAGCCCCACACCUGUCCCCACUGCGGGAAGGGUUUCCACGAGCGGUCCAACUUCGCCCGGCACCAGCGCACCCACGCCGGAGAGCUGCCCUCUGCCCCAGAGGAGGAGGGGAAGUCCUUCAUCUGCCCCGAGUGCGGGAAGGGCUUUGGCCGCAACGCCUACCUGACCCUGCACCGGCGUGUGCACACCGGGGAGAGGCCCUACGCCUGCACCGACUGCGGGAAGCGCUUCAGCGCCAGCUCCAACCUGACCCGGCACCAGCGCGUCCACACGGGCGAGAGGCCCUACCCCUGCGCCCGCUGCGGGAAACGCUUCUCCCAGAGCUCCACCCUCUUUGUGCACCUGCGCACCCACACCGGGGAGGCACCCUACCGCUGCGCUGCCUGCGGGAGGGGCUUCAGCCAGAACUCCACCCUCCUGGCGCACCAGCGCACCCAUAGGGGUGAGAAACCCUGCCGCCAGCCGCCAGGAGCCUGUGCCAGGAACGGGCCCUACCUGGGCAAGUGCUGUGCCAGCGACCCGCUGCUCCAGAGGCACCAGAAGGCACACCUGUGAUGGGGGGCUGUCCCCACACGGAGGCAUGGUAGAGUGCAGCCCUGAGGAAUAGCCCAGGGUCAGGGCCCUGCCUGGGGAUAGGAGACCCAAACUCAGUUUCUUGCUCUUCCAUAAAUCACUUAGGCCCAGAUUGUCAAAGGCAUUUAGGCUCCUGACUCUUAUUGAUUUAAAUGGACUUUAAGGUCAGAUUUUAAAGGUAUUUGGGUGCUGAAAGAUGCCUAAAAAUUCAGUUCCAAAGGGAACCAAAAAAAGUAGAAAUUUCCCAUGCAACAAAAUUCCAUCAUGUUCUGGCUGUGACUUUAUAUGUUUUUAUUUAUUUAUAUAUAAUACACACACACACACACACAUUCUUAUAUAAUACUAUAUAUACACACACACACACACACACACACACGUAUACUAUAUGUAUUAUGCAAUAUAUAUAUUUUUUAAUUGAAACAAACAAUCAUUUUAAAAGGAAAAUCAAAAUGGUCCCUCCCCAAAAGGUAGAAAUAGAACCUUUCCGCCUUCUAGGCAUGUUUCCAUCUCAUUUUAUUUUUCCUCAAUGAAAUUUCAUCAGAACUAAUCCAUUUCUCCUAUUUUGACAGAAUGCCCCUUCCAACAGAGAACCAUUCCCUCAAAAUGUUUUUGGCUAGCUCUAGUGCUUAACCUCCUCCAGUGCUUUCAAAAAAUCCCUCCAGCUGCCUAUCUGCAGCUUUAGGCACCUAGAUACCUUUGUAAACCUGGGUCUUCGUGUGUGUGGGUCUCAGUCCCCCAUCUGUAAAAUGGGGUUAUAGCUCUGCCCUGCCUGGCAGAGGUAUGCAAAGAGAAAUGCACUGAAGGUUGUGAGGUGCCCAGAUGCUACAGUGAUGGAAGAUCUCUUAGCAUCAUAGAUAGGUAGCAUGGGGUUAGCGAACUGCCAUUGAAUUUCCCUGGGACUUGGGUGCCCAAGUCUUUGGGGGCCUAAGUCCUUUAGGUUUGUCAUAAAUAUAAAGGGAAGGGUAACCACCUUUCUGUAUACAGUGCUAUAAAAUCCCUCCUGGCCAGAGGCAACAUCCUGUUACCUGUAAGGGGUUAAGAAGCUCAGCUAACCUGGCUGGCACCUGACCCAAAGGACCAAUAAGGGAACAUGAUACUUUCAAAUCUUGGAGGAGGGAUAGUUCAGUGGUUUGAGCAUUGGCCUGCUAAACCCACGGUUUUGAGUUCAAUCCUUGAGGGGGCCAUUUAGGGUUCUGGGGCAAAAAUUGGGGAUUGGUCCUGCUUUGACUAGGGGGUUGGAGAAGAUGGAUUUCUGUCUGGUCUCUCUCAGUCCCAAGAGAGAGCAAACACAAACAAAGAGCACAAACAAAAGCCUUUCCCCUGUGAGAGACCGCGAGACCCUGAAAAAGAGCUGCACGAGCUGCAGCAGCAGCAUGAACGGGCUGGUGGAGAGAUUUUAUGGGACCCUGAGGAUGAUGCUGAGGACUUUUAUGAAUCAGCGUCCGCAGGACUGGGACAAGUACCUGCUGUGACCAAGUGGGACUGUUCUUAAUGUUUCCUCUGAAUACUAUAGGGGUGCCUCAGUUUCCCCUAUGCAUUUCUUAAGUCUCUAGGUGGGUGGGAUAAGGGAGAGUAAUUGUUGCAGAGCAAAGGGCCAGGGUACAUAAAUGGCCGACACUGUCUCCUGGCAACUGAUGGCCUGGGCCUUUCCCCCCUGCAAGGUGAGAGCUAAAGGGUUGGAGAACAAAGAAUCAGGUGACCUCCUGGCCUGGGAAAGGGACAAAGCCCAGAGGAGGCGGGGCUGGAGGGUAAGUCAGUGUGGGGCCAGCUGGGGACGUGGAGUGAAGUGCAGACAAGGUUGUCUGGCUCACUGCCCCCCAAAAUGGAUCUGGCUGAGGGGUCCUGUUCUCUGUACCUACAAGCUCUGUUUUAGACCAUGUUCCUGUCAUCUAAUAAACCUCUGUUUUACUGGCUG